GCAGCAGCAGCAGCGGCAGCCUCGGCGGCGGGUUUCGCGCUGCAGUGCUGGCGGCAGGUUCGCGGCUGGGGUGGGCGCCGCGGACCCGGACAAGAGGACAAGCACCUGGAACCCGGCCGCAGCCCACGACUUUGCGACCCAGCGGCGGCGUUGCUGCUGCGGGACUCGGGCGCGCGGCCCGGCGGGACCGAGGACGGCGGGGCGGCAGGGCGCGGGCGCCGCGGGCCGGGCCGCGCCAGAUGAUGGAUUUGGAUGUGCUUCUAUGAAGAAAUGCCACGUGUCUCUACUGGUCCAAGAACGAACAUGUCCAGACUACUGCCACCUUAGGGGACUAGGGCUUGGUGACAGCGCUUCCCGGGGAAUCAGGCGUGGUCUGACCCAGGAACAGGAAGCACAUCGUCACCAAUGACAUCAUGACAGCAAGAGAGCACAGCCCUCGCCAUGGCACCAGAGCCCGUGCAAUGCAGCGGGCUUCCACCAUCGAUGUGGCAGCCGACAUGCUUGGCCUCUCUCUGGCAGGAAGUAUACAAGAUCCAGAUGAGCCCAUUCUAGAAUUCAGCUUAGCUUGCAGUGAGCUGCAUACGCCAUCGCUAGAUCGAAAACCAAAUAGCUUUGUAGCAGUGAGUGUGACCACCCCACCCCAGGCGUUCUGGACGAAGCACGCGCAGACGGAGAUCAUUGAGGGAACCAACGAUCCUAUAUUUCUAAGCAGUAUUGCCUUCUUUCAAGACUCUCUUAUCAAUCAGAUGACACAGAUCAAGCUCUCCGUGUAUGAUGUCAAGGAUAGAUCUCAGGGAACAAUGUACUUGCUGGGCUCUGGAACAUUUGUCGUCAAAGAUCUGCUCCAGGACAGGCAUCAUAGGUUGUAUUUAACACUAAGGUCUGCGGAGAGCGACCGAGUGGGCAACAUCACCGUGAUGGGCUGGCAGAUGGAGGAGAAGUCAGACCAGCGGCCCCCCGUGACCCGGUCUCUGGACACCGUCAACGGGCGGAUGGUUCUGCCUGUUGACGAGAGCUUGACCGAGGCCUUGGGAAUCCGAUCCAAAUACGCUUCGUUGCGAAAAGACACUUUACUGAAAUCGGUGUUCGGCGGUGCCAUCUGCCGCAUGUACCGGUUCCCGACCACCGAGGGCAACCACCUGCGGAUCCUGGAGCAGAUGGCGGAGAGCGUGCUGUCCCUGCACGUGCCCCGGCAGUUCGUGAAGCUCCUGCUGGAGGAGGACGCGGCCAGAGUGUGUGAACUGGAAGAGCUGGGGGAACUGUCCCCUUGCUGGGAGAGCCUCCGGCGCCAGAUCGUCACUCAGUACCAGACCAUCAUCCUCACGUACCAGGAGAACCUGACCGACCUCCAUCAGUACAAAGGUCCCUCGUUCAAAGCAAGCAGUUUGAAAGCAGAUAAAAAGUUAGAAUUUGUUCCCACGAACUUACACAUACAGAGGAUGAGAGUUCAGGACGAUGGAGGAUCAGAUCAGAACUACGACAUCGUCACCAUCGGAGCGCCAGCAGCACACUGCCAAGGCUUUAAGUCAGGAGGUCUCCGUAAAAAGCUGCACAAAUUUGAAGAGACCAAGAAACAUACGUCAUCCAGCUGUCAGUCCAUCAUCUACAUACCACAGGACAUCGUCAGAGCCAAGGAGAUCAUCGCCCAGAUCAACACCCUGAAAACCCAAGUGAGUUACUAUGCAGAGCGGCUCUCGAGGGCGGCCAAGGACAGAUCUGCCACUGGCCUCGAAAGAACACUCGCCAUCUUAGCAGACAAGACCCGGCAGCUGGUCACCGUGUGCGACUGCAAGCUGCUGGCCACCUCCAUCCACGGGCUGAAGGCGGCCCGGCCCGACUACAUCGCCUCCAAGGCCUCGCCCACCUCCACGGAGGAGGAGCAGGUGAUGCUGAGGAACGACCAGGACACCCUCACGGCCCGGUGGUCGGGCAGGAACAGCCGGUCUUCCCUGCAGGUCGACUGGCACGAGGAGGAGUGGGAGAAGGUUUGGCUGAACGUGGACAAGAGCCUGGAGUGCAUCAUCCAGCGGGCAGACAAGCUGCUGCAGCGGGAGCGCCUGCGGGGCGAGGGCUGCGACCACGGCCUCCCCGGCGCCGGCAGCUGCGCGGGCAGGAAAGGUAACCGGGGCAGCCAGGCCUACUGGAUCCGACCGGAGGACCCCCUCUGCGACACGCCCCCCUCACCACGCCCCCCCGACGCAUGCCGCCCUCACCCGACCACACAUGGCAGUCCCCCUCCUGAAGAGUCCAGCCCAGGUGAGUGGAGCGAGGCCCUGUACCCCCUGCUGACCACCCUCACGGACUGCGUGGCCAUGAUGAGCGACAAGGCCAAGAAGGCGAUGGUCUUCCUGCUCAUGCAGGACAGCGCGCCCACCAUCGCCACCUUCCUGGGCCUGCAGUACCGCCGCGACGUGGUCUUCUGCCAGACGCUGACCGCGCUCAUCUGUGGCUUCAUCAUCAAGCUGAGGAACUGCCUGCACGACGACGGCUUCUUGCGGCAGCUCUACACCAUCGGGCUGCUCGCCCAGUUUGAGAGCUUGCUGAGCACCUACGGGGAGGAGCUGGCUAUGCUGGAGGACAUGAGCCUUGGGAUCAUGGACUUGAGGAACGUGACCUUCAAAGUCACUCAGGCCACUUCUAAUGCGUCAACCGACAUGCUGCCCGUCAUCACAGGAAAUCGGGAUGGCUUUAACGUGCGGAUCCCCCUGCCGGGCCCCCUGUUUGACGCUCUGCCCCGGGAGAUCCAGAGCGGGAUGCUGCUGCGGGUGCAGCCCGUGCUCUUCAACGUGGGCAUCAACGAGCAGCAGACGCUGGCCGAGAGGUUUGGCGACACAUCUUUACAAGAAGUUAUCAACGUGGAGAGCUUGGUGCGGUUAAAUUCCUACUUCGAGCAGUUUAAGGAAGUUUUGCCAGAGGACUGCCUACCUCGAUCUCGGAGCCAGACGUGCCUGCCCGAGCUGCUGCGGUUCCUGGGUCAGAACGUGCACGCCAGGAAGAACAAGAACGUUGACAUUCUCUGGCAAGCUGCUGAGAUCUGCCGCCGCCUCAAUGGGGUGCGGUUCACCAGCUGCAAGAGCGCCAAGGACCGCACGGCCAUGUCGGUGACGCUGGAGCAGUGCCUGAUCCUGCAGCACGAGCACGGCAUGGCCCCGCAGGUCUUCACGCAGGCCCUGGAGUGCAUGCGCAGUGAGGGUUGUCGAAGAGAAAAUACAAUGAAGAAUGUUGGAAGUCGCAAAUAUGCGUUUAAUUCCCUGCAGCUGAAGGCUUUCCCCAAGCAUUACAGGCCUCCUGAAGGGACUUACGGAAAAGUUGAAACAUGAACACACGGUUUCCUCUAAUUAGCUGUUAUGUAAUAAAUGUGGGUACCCUCUAGUGUCAUAUAUGAAUUCUUCAAGAAGACCUGAAGGAUUGGUUUUUACUUUUACGUUUUUAAAACUAUUUCACUGAAGAGUCUAUGGAGCAUGUUUUUUGCGUUGGAACCCAUAGCAGGUAAUGUUGGGCUCACUAGUGUGGAGAGUCAACAGCUGCCCGUUUAAACAGCCUUCAGCCAUAACCACACAGAUAUCAACAGUUACCUGUAUGAAUCAAGCCAGUUGCGUCUGAAAUGCGAAGACUUUUUAAAACGCCCACUUAGGCAGCUGCUCACCUAACUUAUUUUUCUACUGAGUAACUCAAAAUUGAGCAUUGAUUUACAAUCUACUUUUUAAAAAUCUCCAUGUAAAACGGUAAAUAAUAGUUUAAAUGAUUGGGUCCCGGGCAGACCACUAAACGUUAAACGUUAAGGGAAGUUUUGGGGAGAGACGCUCGCUCUGUCUCAUGCGGUCAGGGUGAGUGCUUCUGGUGCAUCAGCCUGCCUGUAACAGCACAGGUGGAACCAGGAGUUGAAGUAAAGGCUGAUAAAUCAGCCUGAGAUAAGACUUAUUAGAAGACAACACCUGCAAAGCUGUCCACACAGUAGGGGCCACCCCUGUCCCUUAAAGAACAGGGUGUCUGCUCGAGGACAUGAGGCCAGCCGUCUCCUGUUGCCGUAUGCCCCGUGUGUAGUCCACGGCCCCAGGGCAUGUCUCCCCUUCUUCCCCAGGUCAGGACCUCGCACGUGGUAUCGUCUGAUGCCUCUCAGUCAACAAUGGGGGAUUUUGCGUAGAGAUAGUGGAAGCCUAAAUAUUUUCAAAAUCGGUGUCCUCUGUUGGGUUUCCCAAUUUUUUGUCUUCUAGAAGACAAUACAAUCAUGUUUGAAUGUCUGAUCAAAGUGUCUUUUAGGUUUGCAAUAAUUGUUACUACUCAUUCUGUUAUGUAAGAUGGCUGUUGAGAAAGUUGAAAUAUCUCCUAAAAUGAGAUUUUGAAAGGGAUUAAUGGACCAUAAAACUUAGGAAUUUCAUAGAAAAUUAUGUCUGGUCAUCUAUUAUAAGAUGAUGAUGAGUCAUCUGCACAUAGCAGAGUUUUAUGUUUUUAUCAAUUCUGUUUUUAUCAUUAUUAUGUUUACAUGUUAUUUAAAAGGCUGUAAAAGAAAUGUAUGUGGCACAUAUCCAUGAUACUGAUCCUAAUGACUUGUGAACCCUUAGGAAGUUCCUUUAUCUAAAAUUCUAAAUGUUAUUCUUUGGGCUCCUCUAGAAAUGCCACUUGGAAACAUGUAACAAGCUUGGGCCUGGGGAGCUGAAGCACAGGCAAGACCACCCCUUGGCAGGGACAGAGGGUGGGCAUCAGGUAAGGGUGGAACCAGGUGACCUUUCAGAUGCUUUCCUCCUCAGAAGUCAGUGCACACCUGGAGCCUGCUGUCUCCUGACGCCCACUGGUGAGUGUGAACUGGUGUGGAGGGUGAGUCAGUGAGGCACCCUUGGCGCUCACCAGCCCCCGCACAGCUGGGUUCACUGUGGAGGGCGGAGGUGGAGAAACUUGUCCCGCAAGCCCACUGCACAGGUGGCAGCAGGUGGUAUCAGAUUCUCCUGCUGUUAUCGAUCCAUGUGCAAAGACAGCUUCCAGUAUGGCUGACUUAGUCUUUCACCUCCACCAUUUCAUUUGUCAUUUUCUAGUAUCUGUAUAUUUCCAUCUUUACUCAUUUUAACAUCAUUUUUAAAAACUCCCUUGUAUUUUUAAUGUUACUCAUACAACUUUCAGAUUUUUUUUUUUUUUUUUGGUCUGAAGAGCAUUACCUGCAUUUACCAAAAGGGAAUAUAGCAAAUGUUGUCAUCUGUUUGUGGUUUUGCAUGUGGCACCUUUAUAUGAAUAUUUUCCUAAUUUUGGCUUCAUGUUGGAUCACCAUAAAAGUCGAAGACUUGGCUAAUCACGUAGAAAAUAUUCAGGUUUCAGUAUUCCACCUGAGCGUUACUCCCCCGCUCCUGUGCGGUAGUCAGUCUCACAGCGGCACUGCGCGAUUACAAAGCUCGUUGAGUGGGGGCCACAUUGCCCAUCGUGGUGGCUGCAGGUACCCAGGUCACACGGGAGCUUUGAGUUUUCAGUUGGAGAAGGAAGGCAGUUUUACAGGUUCCCGUAAAAUGGAGGUUCCAUCAAGUGCUCCUUAUAUAAGGCACCCAUUUAAAAAGAAACGUUGAGACGUACUGAAAGCUCAGAUGUGACGUGGAUUCUGUGAAAGCGUCUGCAGCACAGUUGCCUUUGGUUUCCUUUAAAAACGUACAAAUACUGUAUAAUAACAGUUUUGUCCUUACACAAUUGUAUUUGCCAAGCUUAGUGCAUUAAGGUACUUUUAUUUAUUUGUUUUGGACAGUAUUAAUAUAUAUAAACAUAUAGUUACCGUUUUAUAUAUUCUUAGCUCAUUCAAAGCCAUGUAUGCUGUAAAUGUGCUAGUCUUUAGAAUGACAAUAAACAACUAACGAGAUCACUAAACCUGGUCUGACUGAUUCAUUCUGAUACAUUAGGAGGACUGGUUCUGUGGCCGGCAUCUGGCUGGACUGAUGGGCAUUGCAUUGAGCGCUCAGUGUUUGUAAACAUGAGACAUUUCUGUUUUAUAAUCCUGUUUUCACUUAGUUGGAAGUAGAGGGCAGUGAGGCGUGGGAUUCAGCUUCAGACAGACUCAGAUCCCUAUCCUGUUGUACCUUUCACUGGCUGGUGACUUUGAGCAGCUUGCUUGCCCUCUCUGAGCCUCCCUUCAUGUGCUAAGUAUGAAGUUGCUGCUUUUGCCCUUGGUCCCAGUGC